AUGGCCCACUUCAACCAGCCCUACCAGCAGUACCCCCACGCAGCACAGCCCAGCAACCUUCAGUUCUACAACGCCGCACCCUAUGACGCCCGCCCGGAGGGGAGCAUGGCCAGCGCCUAUGGCGGCAACAUGGGCAGCAUGGGCAGCAUGAACCUCGGGGGGUCCAGCAUCGACAACGGGAGGUGGUGGGAGGCGUUUGGAACGGGCGGAUUUGAUGGGGAGCCGAGUCUGAUGGAAGAACUCGGCAUCAACCCCUCGCACAUCCUCCAGAAAUCAUUGACAGUGCUGAACCCGUUAUCAAAGGUGUCUGGGAAUAUCAUGGACGAUGCGGACUUGGCGGGGCCGUUCGUCUUUUGCUUUGCCUUCGCGUUCUUCCUGUUACUUUCCGGCAAACCCCAAUUCUCCUACAUCUACGGCGUCGGCCUCCUCGGCACAACGGCCAUCUACCUCCUCCUCAACCUCAUGUCCGAAACCGGCAUCGACGCCUACCGCACCGCCUCCGUCCUCGGCUACUGUCUCCUUCCCAUGGUCGGUCUCGGCGGCCUGGGCAUGGGUGUCGGGAUCGACUCUGCCGUCGGGUACGUCUUGAGCGUGGUCAGUAUCGCCUGGUGUACGCAUUCGGCGAGCGCAAUCUUUGUGGCAGUGUUGAGGAUGGAUCAUCAGAGAUUGUUGGUGGCGUACCCGAUUGGGCUGUUGUAUGGGUGCUUUGCGCUGUUGAGCAUCUUCAAUGUAAAAAAGUAG